AGCUAUUCAGAAAAAAAUAAGAGCAGAAGAAAUGCUAAAAGCAGCUUCAUUGCCCCCUUCUAUGGCGAAGAGAGCGAAAACUAAGCCGAAAAUGGACGUCUGCCCUCGGUCAUUUCGAGAUUUAAAUAAGGAGGAAAAGUCGCCAAAGAAGCCCAAAAAUAUUCCAAAUUACAAAGCUUAUCAUGACCAAUUUGAAAAGCAGUUGGAGGAACUGAAAAAUGAGUUUAUAUCUACUAGUCCUAGGCCAUUUAAAUUAAAAACUUCAAAAAGAGGAAAAAGGCACUAUAGAAAUUCUUCCGCAAGCAGUAAGAGCUCUUCUACAAGGACGCCAUCUUCUCUAGAUUUCCAAUCACUUAAUAGGUCCAACCUGGCUGCUGUUUUGAGAAUACAAUCAGCAAGGCAACGGUUGGAAAUGGAUAUGAUGAAGAAGUUGGAGGAAGCCAAACUGAAGGAAGAAGCAAGGUGGAGGGAGAAACUGAUGAGAAAGAAACCAGUAUGGCAGGCAUUGGCGUACAGCCAUGAAGAAGAUUUAGCCAUGAGGCUGCAGCUGAGGAAGGACGAGGAAAGGUUACGAAAUGAAGAGCAUAGGAUGAGAAUGGAGAUGAUGUUGGGUAGAGUCAAUCAGCAACCAACAUUGUUUGAAAGACAAAGUCAGGUCAAAUUUCCCAAAACUAGAGAAGAGUUAAUUAAGGAAUUGCACAGGGAGUAUGGACCGACAAAGAAUAGAAAGAUGAGUAUAAGUGACUUAUCGCUGGUAGAAAUGAAAGAUGAAGCCAUUCAAGCAUUCAUCGACGAAAAUUUUACAAGGAAGUCAUCUGAUGACACUGAUGGGAGCAAAGAGAGCGAAAAUUCAAUUGAAGAAAAAGAGAAAUGCGACUGUUUUAGUGAUGAAAAUGAUAAGUCUAACGAAUAA